AAAUAGAUCUUCAGAAUACUCCUCAAGAGGAUUCUCGAGAAGAUUCUCAAGAGGAUUCUCAAGAGGAUUCCCAAGAGAAUUCUCAAGAGAAUUCACAAGCUGAAUCUAGUUUAAAUUUUUUUAAUAAGCGAAGUAAUCUUUCUCAUACUACUAUUAGACCUAAAGAGUAUACUCAUGAUAGGUCAAUAUCUAACAUGAUUGCUCAUUUAUGUUCAGAUCAUAGCAUUUUAAAUGAUAAUAAAUUAAAAUCUGAAAUUAAACAAGUAUACCAAACUAAAUUACCUGAUUUAAUCAAUAAUAAUAUCCCAUAUAAAAAAACUAAACAAUUAGAAAAUAAUAGAGCAGUUAUAGAAUGGAUUGUUCUUGAUAAUGAACUAUUUACUACAUCACGAAAAAAAAGAUUUCGUAGAAUGAUAGCAGUAAUUGAUCUAAAGUUUCAUCCUCCUUCUAAUCGUUUAAUAAAGAAUAACCUAGUAUUAAGUUAUAAAAAUAAUAUUAGUACUCUUGAAA